GAAGCUAGACGUCACAUUCUGUUGUGAAGGUUUACAAAAAGCGCGCCACAACAACUUGCGGCGCGCGCGACGUGACGUGACCCCUAAUGACCCGGGCUGGCCGCCGGCAUGUGAAAAAAUAUGAUCGGAUCAUCGGAUCGGCCGCGUCUGCUUGUACACUUGUGUUGCCACUCCUCUUGCUACUGCUAGGCCCACAUUUAGUCUUCACACGUUGAAUUUUUGUGUGUGACUGAAGGCUUGUGUUCAGCUCAUUUGAAAAUGGCGAGUAGAGCCGUUGAAAGGCCGCCACAAGUUGGUAUUUUGACAGUUAGUGACAGGUGCUAUCUAGGCACACAGGAAGACAGCAGUGGUCCGAACUUAAAGGCAAUUGUGGAGCAAGAACAAGGGUUAGCCGGCCAAGUUGUGAAAACCAAGAUUGUUGCUGACGAACACUCUCAGAUCCAGGAUGCCCUGAUAAAUUGGUGCGAUGAAGAGAAACUGGAUCUCAUCCUUACCACAGGUGGCACUGGGUUCGCCACGAGGGAUGUUACACCGGAGGCCACCAAGGCUGUCUUGGAGAAGGAGGCACCAGGCCUGGCUCUGUCCAUGCUGAUGGGAUCUCUGCAAAUAACACCACUAGCCAUGCUCUCAAGACCCGCCUGUGGCACCCGGAGGAACUCCCUGAUUAUCAACUUGCCUGGCAGUAAGAAGGGAUCCCAGGAAUGCUAUGAGUUUGUGUUACCUGGCCUACGUCAUGCCAUCCAACUCCUUAGGGGAGACAACAAAGAAGUCGAGGCAACACACAAAUCUAUGACAUCAUCACAAGGGUCACAUGACCACUCGGCAAGCCACGGACACAAGAAAAGAAGGCUACGCUUGUCGUCACGAACUCCUGUGAAGAAAGGAGGGAAAAACUCCAAAACACUGACAAUGGUGAAGGAUCCAAACCAGCACAGAGUUGCUUUUCAAACAUCUCAAGACUUGCAGGUGCCAAACCAAGAAAUGCAUGAUCCCCAAGAGAUGAGUUUUGAAGAGCUUGAAGUUGUGCAAGGCAUUGUCCUCAUUCCACAAGAGGAAGCAGUCAUCAUGGAGGCAUCAUCGCAGCAUCAAGAUGAGACUCCUUCCCAGAGGGAUGAAACAGGCAAACAGAUCAGUCGCAUCCUGAAGGAGUUGUCUGAGCACAUCAGUGAAAUGGAUGAUGGGCAGAGCAGUGCCACUCAUCAGCCUAAGGAGCUUGGGAUGGGUCUUAAGGACCAAGAUAGUCAGAGUGGAAAGACCACUGAUGAUGGUGUUAAGAAGGAAACAACAUCCCAUGUUGAUGGUUCGACUUGUGAUGGUUCUAAUCUGCCUGGGAGCCUUGAAGGUAAAGAUAAUGACAACUGGACCGAGGAUGGUAAUGAAGACAACGAUGUUAGUGAACAGGAUGAUGAUGAUGAUUAUCUUGUUGCUGAUGAUGAUGACGAAAAUGAGGAUAGUAGUAGCAAUUAUAGCUACGUGUAUGAUUCUUCAACCACAUAUGGUAAAGACACAGGUGAUUCUGACUUGAGAGUUAUCAAAAUGAACAAAUGUCCUAAACGUCAUUGUAGGGGAGAGCACCAUUCGGCAGAAGAUGAGGUGGAGAAGAGUUGCGGGUCCAUCAUCGAGGAAUCUGACUCUGCAACAAAGUCUGCUGGUAUUGAAGCUGAUGGAGAUGGAAACCCAAACAGCACCUACAUUGUAUUUGAGUUUGACCCAACAGACAUCAAUUCUAGAACUCAGGAGUCAGACGAACCCAGGACCAAGAAACAGAGGGUCUACGCCCUCCAAAGACCAUUCGGCAAAUCACAGCGGCAACGGAAGGCGGCGAAGAAGUCCUCCAAAUCCAAGACAUCCAAAAAGAAGACUACAUCCAAGAAAGAUCGGACGGAGUACAGCAUCCCCGUUGGGGUGCCUCUGAGAAACUUCCUGGCAUCUCAAGAGCUGCUCCGAGAUGUGAACCUCAGGCGAGGGAAGCGAUCUGUCAAGCAGGACCUGGUGAAGAUGCAACGCCAGGAGAAGGCGUUGGCCUGUCAGAGCUGGCAGCGGAAGACCCUCGUCAAUGAGCGCUGCCGCUAUGACGACCUCUUUGUUGCGACGGAGAAAGGAGAACAGUUGAGGAAGAGGAUUAAAGAUGGCAAGAGGGACCAGUAUGUUGUAGCGUGGUACCUGUUUUGCUCAGGAGAGGGCAACUGCCUGCGACAGUGUGGUAGCUACGGAAAAUGUGUCAAAAGUUGCAAAGGCGCCCAACACAAACAAGACCGUCACAACUGCUCUGUCCUUGUCACCCUCAAACUCUUCCUGUCCGACCUCCAAACAUGGAAGGUCACCAUCACUGGACAACACGUCCCUCCAGAGGGCGAUGUGACUUGGCAGAGCCCCGGCCGAGCAAACCCCAAGCGGCAAAUUGACGAGGAGCUGCGAGACAUGAUCUUCACAGAAGCUGAUCGGGAGCUUCCUGUUCAGGAGAUCUAUGACAAGCUGCAGAAUGAAGGCGCUAUGGCGGGCAGGAUUGUGAACAGGGGAAAAAUCGUCCAGUCGGUGCGAAGGAGAAAAAGACUCAUGAUGAAGGCCCAGACUGGGAAAGAUACCGCCGCUCACAAACCCAAAACAAAGAAAAUCAGAUGAAACGGUUUAAAAGCCAUGGCCUAGCAAUAGCCACAAUGUUCCCAUUUUAAAGUCUAACUUCAUGAGGCAGUAUAAGUGGCAUUAAUUAAUUGUUUCUUUUUUUUUUUUUUUUUACUGUACUUUUUUUACAACUCUCCAUUAACCCAUUGGUCCCAGUACCAACUGAGACCGCCUUGCCUAUUUCUUACUGUACCGCCCAAAACCGUCAAAGUACUCUAUGCAUGGAUUCUUCAGAAAGUAUAGACGAUGUACAUUGUAACCUCAAUCCUGCAAAAUCUCCAACUGCCUCCAUGUACAUGUAAAAAUAGCAUGCAGCCUCAAUCCUGCAAAAUACUCUGAUUAUUUCUUGAAUGUGGUCCUUGGAGGGGGUGACCACUGCCUCAAUCCUGCAAAAUCCUCCAGCAGUCACUGUCAAUAUGUUGAAGCAGAGCCAGUGGCAUCCUGGAGCAGUGCGGAGGAUUUCAAGUAUAACCUAGGCCUAAAUUCGUGCACGGCUGAGCUUAAACAACACAAGGUCCGGCACAAGACCUUGACACAGUGUGUCCUCCGAAAUCAGCAACACACUUUUGCCAUGUAGCCUCAAUCCUGCAAAAUCCUCCAUUUUGCAAAGAGGAUUUGGAAAGGUUAGGGUUAAUUAAGAAAUCUUUGAAUUAUGUGUAUGAAAUUUUUCAUUUUGUGAUGAUGUAUUGCAGUCAAUAUAUACUAUAAAUAAAAUAGAUAAACCGCAACAUA